CGUGAUCAUAAUAAUAAAAACAACAACAAUAAAAAGAGCGUUAAUAGUGUUAGACGGAGAAGAUUUCGUUCCGGUUUAGAUAUGAUACGUAAUUCGCGGAAAAAAUCAUACAAAACUAAAAUGAUACGUAAAGAACAACAAUGUAAUAAUAAUAAUAAUGGGAAAAAAGAAAUUUCAAUGGAUAAUUCAAUCAAUGGUCGCCGUUUUGUUGUGAAUAAAUCAUUGGGUGAAACACUUUUACAUCGAUCAGCUAGAAAUAAUCGAUUGAAUGUCGUACGAUUAUGUUUAGAAUCGGAUGCUUGUGAUGUGAAUGCAAGAGAUAAUGCUGGUUACACACCAUUACAUGAAUGUUCAUCACGUGGAAAUUUGGAAAUUGCUCGUCUUUUAUUGCAACAUUCUGCCGAUGUUAAUGCCAGUGCUACUGGUGGCAUAAGGCCACUUCAUGAUGCAAUUGAAAAUGAUCACAUUGAAAUUGUUCGCCUGUUACUUUCAUAUGGAGCUGAUCCACAUAUAUCUACUUAUUCGGGAACAACACCACUACAAUUAAGUCGUUCAAAAAUGAUGAGUAAAUUUUUAAAUGGUUUCUAUAGUGAUAUUAGUUCAGAUCGUUCAAUGAUUGAUGAGACAAAUGUAUGGAAAUUUAAUAGCCACGAUCAUCAUUGUUUAGAUUCAGGUUUCGAUGUUUUUGCUGACAUACCAUCAAAUGAUUCGAAUGAUGAUGAUGGUGAUGAUGAUGAUGACAUGGAAUAUGAAUUUGAAGCCAGUUGUCGACCAUUAUUAAAUCUUUAUACGUUCCUACAUAAACCUAAUCAAUGUCCAUUUUAUCUUGUUUGUGAUGUGAUUAAAUCAUUGAAAAUGACACGUGAAAUAUUCAUUAAUAAAUAUCAUCAUAUGGUCAACAUUUCAAGAAUAAAUCGGUCAGAUUUUGAAACAAAUGGCCUAAUUGUUCAAUUGGAAAAAAGACGAUCAAAUUGUAAAAUACUAAAUGAUAAAAACAAACAAACAAUGAAUGAACAACAACAACAACAACAGCAGCAUGAAAUUGAAAUUGUUUACCAAAGCGAACAAAUUAAUAGGAUUCUUGAUAUUGAACUAACUGUGAUAUGAUUUAUAUUUACUGGUUGAUUUGAAACAUGUGCAAAUGUUUCUCUACUUAUUUUAUUUAAUUUAAUAAAUAUAAAAUUGAUGAUUAAAAU